UGAAUAUGGAGUUGCGGUACAGCAUCAACAUUAUUACAGGUUUCUACUUACUAGUCUGUGGUUCCUCCACCAACAUCAACAUCAUUACAACCGGCAACCUCGUCAAAUACAGCACACACGACUACGGCGUUGACGUCAAGAAUAUCUCAUCGAUUCUCUUUCGGGUCAAGGGGUGCCCCGAUGGUAGGAUAAAUCUCUUUGAAGGUCCUGACUUUACCACUGCCAAGAAUGCAUAUGUUUUGCUCGGCGGUUGGGGAAAUCAUAAAAGCGUUAUGCAUCCGUGCACUGGCUGUACAACUCUAGAAUCAGAAUGGGUCGACUCCGUCUUGAACUGCAAUGGAAUGAGGCCAAUGUGGAUGAACUGGACUAAUAGAUCGUUUAGCAUUGGGAACGGGGCUUAUGUUGGAGAAGAGACCUUCAUCUCCAUAGAUGAACCGAGGGACUUUGAUAUCCAGUAUAUGUCAGUUGGAUCUUCUUAUGACGACAUAUUUGAAUGGGAAUUCGAUGGCUACGGCGGAAAUUACUUUGAGCGGGUGGUGCCUUAUGGUUGGAGUACUCGACAAAUGUUGUCUUCAGUGACGGCCUCCUCUAUGGUAAACUGCAUCAAAAGUUGCAAAGGCAGGAUCAGCUGUAGGUCGAUCAGCUAUCAGAACACGACCAACACCUGCCAGUUAUACUUUGAACAAUCACGAUCCGUUGAUAUCCAUCCUGACAACACUUGGGAAACAUGGAUGGACAGAAACAUGUGA